GGGAGCUUCGACCGUGGUCUCUUCCCACCGAGGUAGGAAUUAGGGUUCUUGGAUGCCUUGGCGGUGUGAGGCGCGCUGUUCCAGAAGGCCGAGAUGGCGACUGGUGGAAGAGUCCGCGGAGUGCCGCAGCAAGACCUCGACAUCCGGCAGAUCAUCAAGGAAGCUUGCGUGCGAUGGCUCAAACCACCCGAAGUGUGCGAGAUUCUUCGGCAUUAUCAGAGCUACGGCUUCAAUCUCAACCCCGUUCCGCCCAACAGGCCCGCCAGUGGCUCCUUGUUCUUGUUUGAUCGCAAGGCUUUGAGGUACUUCCGGAAGGAUGGACACAACUGGAGGAAGAAGAAAGACGGCAAGACUGUUCGCGAGGCUCACGAGAGGCUCAAGUCUGGGAGCAUUGACGUGCUGCAUUGUUACUAUGCCCAUGGAGAAGAGGAUCAAAACUUUCAACGCCGGAGCUACUGGAUGCUGGAAGGUGCUUACGAACACAUUGUUCUUGUUCACUACCUUCAAGUACACCAGGGUCGUGCUUCUUCAUACAGACCUCCAGAGCAUCCGGAAGCUUUCUCGCACGCAAUGUCACCCUCAGUAUCCUCGGAGCACGACGAUGUGGAUUCAAGUGACGAUGUCGAACAGAUAGACCCGCCGCUGCCUCCACCAGAAGUUUCCAAGCCGCAGCCAUCCCUGUUUCAUCAACUCUCGUCAAAGGAUUGGUCUGUGCUUCUGUCGGAAACUCAACAAGAUCCCGUCUAUCAGCAGCAGCAGCAGCAGCAGCAGCAGCAGCAGCCGCAGCAGCAGGGGGGUUUUUUUCAGUCCGGACAAGGUGGUGGUGUGUUGGGAGAUGAUAUUGAUCUUAACGAUCUCUUAGACAGUCCAGACAAGUUCCUCGGCCAGAAGGGGCUCACUCCUGCCGUGAGCUUGGACACGAGCGGAUGGAAUGAAGUUCUGCGAAGCUAUCGAGAAAAUCCAACCAAUGGCCCGGUCAAGCAAGAGGUGCAAGAGGUGUCAUGGAAAGAGACUUUAGAGCAGUGUACUACCCCUGCUACCAGGGAUGCAUUGCUGGGACAAGUCUCGCCCAUGAAAUUUGAGGAUUGUAUGUUCAAGUCGUCACCUAGAGCGGGUCUAAGUCCCAAAGCGAUCAUGGAUGUUCUUUCUCCUCGGGGACUGGGUCGUCAACCACAGUCACUUCUCGAGGCUCAGCUCCGUGCUGCCACAGCCGAGAACGCCAUGAAAACAGCACAAAGCAUCUCUCCGACAAAGCAACGCUGGCGAGAGAGCGUUCCCUCUCCUCCGCCAGCACAAAACGUCCUUGUGGAUAUGGGGCGUGCUUCUCAACAGACAAAUGCAUAUCAAAAUACCUGGCAGCAGCAGCAGCAGCCGCAAGCUCAUCAGCCUUGGCAGGCGCAGCAGUACGAGCUCGACACCGGGAGCGCACCGGUAAAAAACUCAAAGCCCGUCAAACAGGAAGAGAGCCCGGCCGACAACCUCAAGAAACUGGAUAGUUUCGGACGAUGGGUGAUGCAAGAGAUGGGUGACGAUAGUCCAGGGGCGCUACUCGCGCCCGCUCCUGGGGACUCGGGCUCCCUUUGGAUCGACGAUGAUAAUGACAGAGAAGAAACCUCCAACCUCUCUACGCAAAUGCAGCUUGACAUGAGUGUCUCCAUCGCCCAGGUCCAACGGUUUAGCAUUACAGACUUCUCUCCGGACUGGGCUCCUUCCAACGAAGAAACCAAGGUUCUCGUCUCCGGGAGGUUCUUGCCAACUGUUAGCAAACCGCUGGACGUGAAAUGGUGCUGCAUGUUUGGGGACGUUGAAGUUCCGGCGGACCUUAUAGACGUGGGCGUCCUCCGGUGCAAAGUCCCUCCGCGAGGCCCAGGAAGGAGAAGGAUACCCUUCUAUAUAACAUGUAGCGACCGGCUAGCAUGCAGCGAGGUGCGAGAGUUUGAGAUCCGUGACGUCCCCGAGCAGCAAAGUGGACAGCUUGACAGGGAAGCGCUGCUUCAACUCAGAUUCUCGAAGAUGUUACUCUCGGCUCAUGAGGGCGAUGAUCCAAAGGCUACAGUCGAGUGGAAGCAGAUGGAGGACGCUGUGAGAGCGCGCAGCCUGAGUGCUACGAGCGUCAAGGAGAUGCUGCUGCAGGCCUACUUCAAGCUUGACUUAGAGUUGUGGCUGGGUUCCAAACGCAGUGCCUCCGUCCUCGACGAGCAUGGCCAAGGCCUUGUACAUAUGGCCUCGGCACUUGGCUACGACUGGGCCUUGAAACCGAUCCUGGACGCUGGUGUCGUUCCAAACUUUCGGGACGUCCGCGGCUGGACCGCUUUGCACUGGGCUGCGGCAUUUGGAAGGGAGGAAACUGUUGUUGCGCUCAUAGCAGCUGGCACGAAUCCAAGCCUUGUGACCGAUCCCACGUCCAAGCAUCCAAACGGUCAGCUCCCUUCGGACUUGGCUUCGGCCGCUGGCCACAAGGGAAUAGCCGGCUUUCUGGCGGAGAAGGCGCUCACUGGCCACCUCUCGUCGCUCACCAUCGCGGACACUAGCUUGAACGAGAUCAACAGCAUGUCUGCGACGCUGGCCGGCGAGAGCGCCGUCCAGGAGAUGAAACGCCCCGUGGACGAGGAGCACCAGUCGCUGCUCAGGUCCUUCUCGGCCGUGAGGAACGCAACCAAGGCCGCCGCGCUCAUACACUCGGCGUACCGCCUCGACUCUUUCCGCAGGAGGAGCGGGGGUGAUGGCGGCGAGGAAAAUCUUGAUGACUUGGGCAUGCAGCCGACCGAGCUCCAUGCCAUGGCACAGACGAUUCGGAGGGGCCAGGGCCACCGUGAUCAUCACGGCAGGAUGCAGUCGGUGGCCGCGUUGCAAAUCCAGCGAAAGUUCCGCGGCUGGAAAGGCCGCAAGGAUUUCCUGGCGCUGAGGAGGCACGUAGUCAGGAUCCAGGCGCAUGUCCGAGGCCACCAAGUUCGCAAGCAGUUCCGGAAGAUCCUGCGGGUGGUGAGCGUGAUCGAGAAGGCGGUGCUGCGAUGGAGGCGGAAACGCGUGGGUCUGCGGGGAUUCAGGCCGGACAACACGAAUGGCGUGAGCAGCGACGACGACGAUUAUCUCCGGGAGGGGCGGAAGCAGAAGGAGAUUGUGCUGGACAAGGCCGUGGCGCGCGUCCAGUCCAUGGCGCGCUCCGAGCAAGGCCGCGAUCAAUACCGCAGGAUGCUCGAAGGCUCGCAAUCGCAAGAUCAGGAUACUUUGGAAGAUCAAGUCAUGGUUAUAGACUAGCUGGUGGAAUAUGUGAAUUGUUCGAAUAGAUUCUUUGCUCUGGAUUGUUGAGGGAGAAUGGACAAAGAACAAGUGAAGCAAAGGAAAAGACCUGGAUCAUACCAGUGUGUCUCUGGACAAAUCAAUGUGGUGGUUUCAACAA